AAGGCUCAGGAGGUCAACCAGGAUGGGACACUUCCCCAAGGUUCCCGCUCUGCCUCCAGCAUCCACGAAGGUACUUGCUCCGCUGCCAGCGUCCCCCAAGGUUCCCGCUCUGCCUCCAGCGUCCACCAAGGUACUUGCUCCGCUGCCAGCGUCCCCCAAGGUUCCCGCUCUACCUCCAGCGUCCCCCAAGGUUCCUGCUCUGCCUCCAGCGUCCACCAAGGUACUUGCUCCGCUGCCAGUGUCCCCCAAGGUUUCUACUCUGCCGCUGACAUCCUCCUAGGUUUCUGCUCCGCCGCCGGUGUCCUCCAAGACUUCUGUUCUGCCGGUAUCCUCCAAGACUUCUGUUCCGCCGGUAUCCUCCUCAGAGUCUUUUGGUAUUCCUUAGUUGUUUCCAUUUAAUUUUGCCUUGUUUUCUACAUCUGUUCUUCAUUGUUCUUAAUUAUGUUUAUUUCUUGUUUCUACACUG